AUGGGGCUUUCCGAUAUUUCCUUCCCAAUAUUAUGGAGAUUGUUACCACAAUGGAAUAUCGCCACUAUAAAUGCUUCGAUUACGUCCAAAACGAUUGCGGAGUUCACAAUAUCGUCUAUUCAAGCUGGCAAUUGGACGAAUCAUUGUAUUGGAACUGUCACAAAGAAGAAGGCUGUUGCCAUGGCUCCAAGAUUCGAUGAAGUAAACUACAGGAACCAAAAGCUGCUCGAACUUGGUACCGUGGUUUGCAAAAGGUUAAGUAAUAUUCGUACCAAUCCAGCUCUGGAAGAAACCGUUGCGGACACUGAGCUCUGUCCUGAAGGCGUCUCCGAGCAUGAUUCAGCAUGUAUCGUACACCCCGCAGCGAUGGACACCUGUAUUCAAGUUGUACUGAUUGUAGCACACAAAGUCUCCUUAGCCGGCUUAAAAAGAUCAUUUGUUCCAACGUCCAUGGCCAAUGUCUCCUUAUGGUUCUGGGGCGAUGAUGAUCAAAUCUCUCAAUUGACCCCUGGAAAAGGCAAGGUCCUUGCACAUGCAGAAAUUUUCAGUCUACGUGCCAUGAGCGGAUGGUGUCAGCUUUCCUCACCUGAAGGCAAGCCAUUGUUUGAAAUUGAAGAAUUAUCAUGCAAUCAAUACUCGGAAGCACUUGAUGACCUUAGAACGAUAGAUCGUCACCCAUACCUUCGCACUGUUUGGAAGCCAGAUGUCGAUAAGAUGAUCUCCAACUUGACUGAUAAUUCUCUUCUCGAUCUUAUUGUUCACAAACGUCCUGGAUUUAAUUUCUGUGAGAUUUUAAAUACAAAACCAAUGAUUUCCGACAAUCUUCACAAAGUUCUUGAAAGUGGUUCAUCCCUUCGUCGGUACCAAACUUAUACCGUUAUGACACUCGGCGACGUUGAUAUAGAGCCAAUAAAAGUCAAGUAUGAAGCUUUCCCCGGUGUUGUAGUACAGAAGUUAGGUCUAGACGAUGUCCCGGAGACGUUCUUUGAUUUGUUUCGAAGCGUAGCUGUGAAAUUCUAUAAUAAAUCUAUUAAAUUACUUAUUAGUAUCUUACUAAUUGAAAGAUAUUUUGAUAAAUAA